UUCGGGUAUAAUCCAAGUUCUUGGGGUCUGCAAGAGGACUGAGGGUCUGCAAGGAUGUCGUUUUCUCGUCGUGGGGAUGAACAGUAUUACUACGCGUGCCACGCCCUCAUCGUUAUUUUCCCUCAAUGGCGGGUUUCACUCUUGGUGAGGCCACACACCAUCGCGAGUCGUGCGUGGUACUAGUAGUACUCUGUGGCGCGAACCAUUUCUCAAUAACUAAUUGAGAAGCGUUGAACGUCCUUUCACCAGACAGCUCUCCUCUCUUUCAGCGUCGUCCUCCGCCGCCAUACCCCGUCAACGGGAUAAUAGUAGUUACUACUCACUACCGUCACGGCAUUAGUACCCCGGCCUUGUGCAUCGUCAACGCGCCGCGCAUCAUGCUGAGCGACUCGGAUCCCGCCAUCGUGAUGCUUCCGGACGGCACGAUUCGCCUCUUCACGCCGCCGGCCCGAGACGCGGCGGCGGAACCGCCGUCGGCGGCCUACUCCGACUCCGAUGCGACGGACGACAGCCGCGCCGCGGGGAGUACGGUCCGCGGACUCAGGCUCAGUCCCCCGCCGACUCCGCCCGCGAGGAUACGCUGCGGCGACGCAGACGCGGCGGACGUCGAAAGCGCGCCGGGCGCGCAAUCCGAGUCGGAGCACACCGAAGCGCACUCGGAGUCCGCGCUAGCUUCAACAAGUCCGCCGACGCUGGAAUCUCCGCGCCCUUCCCCGUUCUUGACCGCUGCGGACGUGCUGCGCGAGUUCCCCCGCCACUACCUCGCGCUCUCUUCCCCCGACCCCCCGUUCUCCCCCGGGGUCUCCGCAAUCCCCCGCCCGGGGACCACAUGCCGCUUCCCCCUUGGCGUCCGCUGGUCCCGGGCGCAACGUACCACCUCGUUCCGCACGCGACGCUGCGCCAAGGCGAGAAAACCUGCUCGGCGCGCUCGCUGCUGCGCACGUUCGCGUCGUGCCCGGAGAGAUUUGAUUCCGCGACUCAAGGUGGCGACAGGAGCGGCGCCGGAGGCUCCAGUUGUGCUAGUAACAACAAGCCAUCCCGCGGGACUAGUAUUGACGGCGCCCCCGCUGCACUCCCCGGUACUACCCACUCCGCGAGCUGUACGCGUUACAAGGUCCAUCGCGACAGUCGCCUUCAGAACUACCAGUUGUCGCAACCUCACACGAUGAUAAGCCGUUCCGUCAGCUACACGGGGCCCCACACGGCGUGCGAUUCCCCAUGGGUACUACACGAGAGAGAAAGGGGUGGUAAUCCAGUACGGAACUACGGAAUAGUAGCCGCGUCGGCAGUUGGGUCAGGCGGACUUGAGACGGGCGAUGUUCCAUCCCCGCUAGUGGCUGCGUCGUCAUUGACACUCCCAGAGUCUACACCCACUCGUGGCACGCGUUCUGGUGCUAAAAGGCUGCUGCGGAAAGUGCGGAUGGCUGCACUGCUCAAGUGGUUUCACGGCAGCACUUGGUGCAGUAACGACUUCGGAUGUAACUGCUGUUACGGCAACGAAAACAGCGCUUUUGAGAGGGGAGACUGUUUGAGAAUCCCUGAGGCUCGAAACGGGGGUGGCUGGAGUGGCAGCCGCAGCUGCAACAUCAUCAGCAUCAGCAGAAGUAGCAACACAACCAGCAGCAUCAGCUGCAGCAGCAGCAACACCCCCAGCAGCAGCACCCUGUGUGGAGGCCGCGGUAUGAGGCACCAGCAGCCUGACUGUUGCUCCAGCAUAAUGAGGUCUACAAGCCUCUUCUCGGAGCACCCGUUUUCUCCUAUCGAGAUUUGCUUUACAGCGGAUUCUUCCUGGGAAGACAUGCAACGUGCCAGCAGGAUGCUGGAGCUCGCUGUAAAUGAGCCACGAGAACCUGGAGUGUAGUAGCCCUUAAUAUAAUCACUUCGAAUUUCUGAUAUACUGCCGUAUCUACGUUUAGUCAGCUACAAGAACCUAGUGUGUGCCAUAGCUUGUCAUGCUCACUUAUUACAAUACUCAACUU